AUGACAACGGCGAUGGGAUUCUUGGAUGAAGAUAAAGUUUUGAGAGAAUUGCGAUGGUUUGUUGUUCGCUACCUUGCACUGGAAACAGAAAGUUUCUCCCAGCUAUUCCAAAGACCAUACCACAAUCUAUCGAUGAUGCUAACCACCGCAUCCAAGCCCCUUUCCUUACCCCUUAAAUCCCAUACCCGCCAAACCACCAACACUUCACCAUCCAUUUUCACCGCCCUAACUUCUGGUCUCCCGCUCAUACCCCCUAAAGCCUGUUGCAGGAUUAAUGGACUGUAUCGGGCGAAUUCGCAGAAUAUCUCCUGGAUAACUCGGCAUAAAUAUAUGCAUUUUAUUGACUUUUUGCUUAACUCUGGCAAGGAGACUGAAAAAUAUAUUCAAGCCCAAUUAUCUUCCGUGUUGGACGACAACAUUCUAUGGAGGAUUCUAAACCCACUCCCUUGGAGGGCAGAUAACGGAACGGGCUCGUCAUCCUGCGCUAAAACUGUGUUACUAUGUGGCACCAAAACCAUGCGCCAAUGUAAAUUUAGCAGAGCCGACCUCGAGUUCUCAACGGAGCAUGCGGUAAAGGAAGUUGCCUGGUUUCCUUCUUUAGCCCUCUUAGCCCCAUUAUUUGCGGUCAAUGACGAUUAUUGGAACGCAGUUUCAUCUCGAUUUGAGGCAAUCAAUCUCUUUUCUACAUUUCCUGUGUCAUGGCAAAUUGUUAUUCGUUACAGGGGGCAUUCUCUCCUUAUGAUGGAAAAUUCCUGUUGCGCCGAAGGAGAUCUCUGCGCAACUAAUGGCUUAUGUCGUAACCGAGGUGAUACAACGAACAAUUAUCGUUCAAAGACCCCGUAUGUCCUAAUUACUGUGGGGAAUUUGUUUCUCGAUGUGACUACGCUUAGGGACAAGGAGAUCCAGAAUCACCUUGCCUACCAAUGUCCACAAAAGGGAACAUGUAUUGAUGAGCUCGUCUUCAAGACGGACGAUCCCGUAUUUUACACGACGGCAGUGGCGAGUCUGAUUCAAAGCACGAUUAUCGCUACACAUCUAACUGCUUCUACUCUGACAAUACUGUCCACGACUAUGGCGAGCACUGCCGCUGAAAAUGGAACAACUACGCAAUCGACGACCACGGUAUCAAUACCUUUUUCUAACCCUGGUACUGGCAUUGCCGCGCCAAGAAACCCUUCAUCUCAAGCACUCGCGAUUGGAGUCUCAGUUAGAGCCGUUGUCACAUUGCUUCUCACAUCUGUUGUGGGUUUCAUAUCGUGGAGGCUAGGUCGACGACGUCAACAGGAGUCAAAGUCGGCUGCAGAGACCGAGGGAUCGAGCACGAGCGCUGCGCUGCAUAAAAUAAUGACCCUUGAACUUGAAUAA